AGGAGGCUGUGAAGCCAAAGCUUUAGAAACCAACCAAAAUGGGAGACAAAGCGGAAGAAGGCGGGUUGAAGAAAGUAGCCAAUUAAAAAAAAGGGUGUUGGCAACGGUUGGCCAAUAAAAAAAGUUAGCGAGAGUUUGACCGCGGAAGGAUAAAGGAAGGGGUGGAGUUUGAAGGGGAAAAGGUAGGUGCCAGAGUUUCCGAGCUAUCAGGGAGAAAAGGAGCCGGGUGAACCAAUGAGAAAGGAAUAGUAGGACCGAAAUUGACAGAUGUGACGUCAUGUGUGGGCGGUGACUGACGCGUCCCACCAGAGCCGUCACCCAACCCCAUAGAGAGAAGAUAUGGCACCCAAAAAGGCCAAGAGAAGGGCAGCAGAGGGUGGCAGCUCCAAUGUCUUCUCCAUGUUUGACCAAACACAAAUCCAAGAGUUUAAGGAGGCCUUCACUGUCAUUGACCAAAACCGAGAUGGCAUCAUUGACAAGGAAGACCUAAGGGACACCUUUGCAGCUAUGGGCCGACUGAAUGUGAAGAAUGAGGAACUGGAUGCCAUGAUGAAGGAGGCCAGUGGACCCAUCAACUUCACUGUCUUUUUGACCAUGUUUGGAGAGAAAUUAAAAGGUGCUGAUCCAGAAGAUGUGAUCACUGGAGCCUUCAAAGUUCUGGACCCAGAGGGCAAGGGAUCCAUCAAGAAGCAGUUUCUGGAAGAACUGCUCACCACCCAGUGUGACCGAUUCUCUCAGGAGGAGAUCAAGAACAUGUGGGCAGCCUUCCCCCCAGAUGUAGGUGGCAACGUGGACUACAAGAAUAUCUGCUAUGUCAUCACUCAUGGAGAUGCCAAGGACCAGGAGUAGAGACCUCCAGAGCCUCAAUCUCCCUUCUUUGGUCCCCUGGAAUGGGGAGCAUUGAGCUCCUCUGGAUCUGAAUCCUUUUAUCCCCCAAAUAAAGAUAAACUUGUGUUUCUUA